AUGCCAGGAUUGAACUUUGAAAACUACCAGAGGAACCAAUUUUUAACCACCAAAGGAUUUGCACAGCCAAAAGCAACGUCUACGGGUACCACAAUUGUCGGUUGUCAAUUCAAGAAUGGUGUUGUGAUUGCCGCAGAUACGAGGGCCACUGCCGGACCUAUAGUUGCCGACAAGAAUUGUGAAAAACUCCACAGACUUGCACCCAAAAUUUGGUGUGCUGGUGCCGGUACAGCUGCUGAUACUGAAAUGGUUACCCAAUUGAUUGCAUCCAACUUGGAACUACAUGCUUUAUCGCAGAAUAGACAGCCUCGUGUGAUAACGGCAGUUACCAUGUUGAAGCAACACUUGUUCAAAUACCAAGGCCAUUUGGGUGCGUACUUGAUUGUCGCUGGAGUUGAUCCUACUGGAGCACACCUUCUUUCCGUGCAAGCACACGGAUCAACCGAUGUAGGAAAGUACCAGAGUUUAGGUUCUGGUUCCUUGGCAGCCAUGGCCGUUUUGGAAACAAAUUUUAAAGAGGACAUGACCAAACAGGAGGCUAUAGACUUGUGUGCAAAAGCCAUUGAAGCCGGUAUUUGGAAUGAUUUGGGUUCUGGUUCCAACGUUGAUGUCUGUGUGAUGGAAGUUGGUAAGGAUGCUCAAUUGUUGAGGAACUACCUUACACCAAAUGUCAGGAUAAAGAAAUGCAAAGAUUAUAAGUUCCCAAGAGGAACAACGGCAGUUUUGGGACAAAAAAUACGUGACAUCUGCGAUGUUGAGGAAACCGUUGUUACCUUUGACAACAUGGAGGUUGAUGCUGCUGUAUAG